AUGGCAAAUGUUGCAUUGAUCGGUGCUACGGGCAUGGUGGGCUCCCACAUCCUCACCAGCCUAAUUGCCAACCCCGCCGUGACGCGUGUAGACACUAUCUCCCGUCGCACCCCACCGGCCGCCAGUGGCACACCCCCAGCAAAACUCACCAACUUCGUCUCCAGCGAUACCGCCACAUGGGCAAGCCAGCUCUCCUCCCUCGCCCCAACCCCCAGCAUCUUCAUCUCCGCCUUCGCAACGACCAAAGCAGCCGCCGGUGGCUUUGAUAACCAAUACAAGAUCGAGCAUGGGCUGAAUGUUGAAUUGGCCAAGGCUGCACGCGAAGCCGGCACCAAAGUCUACGUGCUCAUCUCGUCCAGUGGCGCCAACAAGGAUUCCAACAUCGCAUACACGCGCAUGAAGGGUGAGAUCGAGGAAGAUAUCAAGGCGCUUGGCUUUGAGCGCACGGUUAUUCUGCGCCCCGGUUUGAUUGCUGGUACUCGUGAAGAGAGCCGGCCCCUUGAAGCCGGCAUUCGGUUCGUCGCUAACUGGGCUGGCAAGCUGCACUCCAGCCUCAAAGAUAGUUGGGCGCAGGAGGCCAGUGUUAUUGGUAAUGCUGCUGUUGUUGCUGGUCUUAAGGCGCUGGAGGGCGAUGUUCCCGCUGGCAGUGAGAAGGUUUGGACCUUGUUCGGCAGCGACAUCAUGCAGUACGGUAAGGAGGGUUCGUCCUGA